CCCCUCCUCUACCCCCUAUUCAGCAACUCUCUCUCUAUAAAGCUCUCUGCCUUCUCCGGUACUCUUCGCCUUAUUCAGCAACUCUCUCUCUUUCUCUCUCUUUACAAGUUAAGAUCGUCGACUACAAUGUCGGUAGCUAAGAUGAUGACGACAGUUUUCUUCGCCGUUGUGACGAUUUGGACGGCCGGAACCGACGCUGCUGCUGCGGCGGCGGACUGCUCGAGCCUGGUGAUGAACAUGGUGGACUGUUUGUCGUUCGUGACGAGCGGCAGCACGGUGAAUACGCCGGAGGGGACGUGCUGCUCGGGGCUGAAGACGGUGCUCAAGUCCGACGCGCAGUGCCUCUGUGACGCCUUCAAGAACAGCGCUCAGUUAGGCGUCACUUUGAACGUCUCCAAGGCCUUGUCUCUCCCCACCGCCUGCCACGUUGCCGCUCCUUCUGUCAACAACUGUGGAUUGAGCCUCGUCAGUGGUGCUGCUCCCGCCAUCUCCCCGGUGGCAGGUGCCGCCGCCUCCCCCAGCACGAGUGCGCCAGCAGCAGCCGUGCCGGCAUCAAUAGCAGGAGGGAAUGAGGUUGCAGCUCCAGCACCAUCUCCAGGGGUCACCGGUUCAGCUGCAGGGCUGGCCCUCUCUGUAUCUCUUCUCAUGGCAGUAGUAGCUGCAUCAUCAUUCUCUGUUGUUUGAGUGAGUGACUCCAUUAUUAAUAUUCUAGCUUUGUUGAGAGGAGGGAAGCGGGGAGGGGGGGAUUUGAGGCAGGCAGAAGGGGGCCUCUUUGAGGCCUUUUUGUUUCUACUAGUGUUGUUGUUACUGCUGAGCACUACAUACAUAUAGCAAGGAUUAUUAUUUAGGCUAUUUUUCUGUGUGAGAGCAGAUAAUUUAUUCAUUUUGGUGGCGAGUUGCUUCUUGUUUGCUUAA